AUGGUGGCCGUGGUGAGCUCGGUGAGCUCCAUCAAAGCUCUGUGGGAGACGAGGAUCAGCAGGAUCCAGGAUGACGAAGACGAGCAGAGGAGGAAGAAGACCAGGGGCGGGGCCACCGGGAGACUGAGUGUUGGGGUUUGGGAGGACCGGGCAAUUCUGGCUCGGCUUAAACAGAAGCUGCAGACAGAAGAUGGACGGCUCAUCCUCCGAAUCGAACAGGAGGAGUGGAAGACAUUGCCGGCCUGUCUGGUCCAGCUCAGUCAGGUCCAUGAGUGGCAUAUUCACCGGACCGGACUGCAGAAGAUCCCUCACUUCAUCAACAGCUUCCAGAACCUUUUGGUUCUAGAUUUGUCCCGCAACGGGGUCACAGAGAUCCCCAAACAGAUCGGGAAGCUGACUCAGCUCAGAGAGCUCCUGCUGAGCUACAACAGAAUCCAGUUUGUUCCUGAAGAACUGAGCAGCUGUGAGAGUCUGGAGAGACUGGAGCUGGCCAUGAACAGGGAUCUGAUCCAGCUACCAGAUCAGUUGAGGAACCUGAAGAAGCUUCAGCACCUGGACUUGUCCAUGAACGACUUCACCUACAUACCGGACUGCGUGGUUGGGCUGCCAGCGAUCCAGUGGCUUGACAUGGGAGGAAACCGACUCCAGCACUUACCUGAAGACAUAAACAGGAUGGAGACGCUGCACACUCUGUGGCUACAGAGAAACCAACUGGAGAAACUUCCAGAAAACAUCAGCAGGAUGAAGAGUCUGGACACGCUGGUCCUUAGCAGCAACAGACUCACAGGCAUCCCCCCACUGAUGGAGGACAUGUCCAACCUCAGGUUUGUGAACUUCCGGGCCAACCCUCUGUCUCUGGACGUGACGCUGCCCUGCAGGAAGAAGAAGGAGGACGAAGACGAAGACGAAGACGACGACGACGACAGAGAGAUGUUUGGACGAGAGUUCAUGCAGGUCUACAUCCAGGAGGCCAGAAAGAGAGCUCAACAUCAAAGAACCAAGGGUUUACCUGAGAAUCUUUAAGUA